AUGGUAAUUUUCUCAUUGCACUUAUUAAUUUAUGCAUUUUUUGUCUGUUUGCAGUCAGUCGAAUCGUUGAACACCGUAAAGAGCACUGUGGAUUUGGACACCGACUCCUCGUCGAUUUACGAUUUGACGUCAUCGUUGGAGCACCGAAAAAAGGUGGACGACGAGUUCCAAUUGGUAUUCCGAAAGGCGCAAGACGCGAUCAGCCACGGAAUACAGCCGAGUUUGAUUCCCGAGGGAAGCUCCGGCUCUUACUUUGUCUACGGAUCCGAAGGCGAAAUUCUGGGCGUUUUCAAGCCGAAAGACGAGGAACCAUUUGCUUCUCUCAACCCAAAAUGGCCAAAGUUCUUUCAGAGGUGGGUUUGAACACAAACACAUGGUAGAGAAAUUUUUCAUUAAAAAAUCUCAUUCAGAAUGCUCUGUUUCUGCUGUUUUGGCCGCGCCUGUCUCAUUCCGAACACCGGCUACCUUUCGGAGGCGGCCGCGAGCAUCGUGAGCGAGAUGCUGCAGCUGGAUGUGGUUCCGACGACUCGCAUCGUUAAACUCGCCUCUCCGUCAUUCUUCUACUCGCGCUUCUUCGGUCACUACGACGUCCGCCCGAAGGAGGGAAGUUUCCAGCUGUACGUGAAUGGCUACGAGAGCGGAAACACUGUGUUCGCCCGCUGGAAUUACGACAAGAACCUGCUGAACAAAGAGGAGGAAAAUAGAUUCGAGUUGCUCUUCCAGAAGAUGUGCAUCGUCGACUACGUAAUCCGCAACACGGACCGUCACAUGGACAAUCUGCUCGUCCGCCACAUUCCCGGUCAGGAAAUCAACCUGGCCGCGAUCGAUAACGGACUCGCGUUCCCAGUGAGACACCCCGAAUGCACGUCGAGAUUCCGCACGUUCCCGUUCCGCUGGUCGAACCUUCCGUGGGCGCAGGCAGAAUUCGAUCCGCAGCUGCGACAGAACGUGCUCGCCCUGCUCACGCCGCAGUUUGUCCAUCGGCUCUGCGCCGAUCUCAAGAAACUGUUCCGUCACGGAAUCGCGAGCUCCAACUACAUGCUCGUGAAGAGUCAACUCCGUGUCGUCCGUGGUCAAAUCUGGAAUCUCCGUCAAGCACUGCUGGCCAACGAAACGCCGUGCAUGAUGGCGCAAAGAGAGCCGGUGAUUGUCAGCCGAAGGUAUGCCAUUUCCGCCCGCAUUUUGUACAGUUCUAGACUCUCACUUGCAGUUCAGACAUCGUAACAGCGAACCCAAGACAGCCGUGUGGGAUGAUUGGUUUCUUGUCAAGUCACCGAGCUACUCCUCAAAACAAAUUUGCUGACGACGUCGAGGAGACGACGGCGAUCGAGUGGGAAGAGACGAAGAAAGACGCGGAGCAGCUAGUAGAUAUUUGA